AUGGCCACCGACAAGCGCACCGACGAGCCCGUCCUGCCGACUGCGGCCGCGGCGACGGGCUCCUCUCCCGGCACCACAGCAAGGACCAAGACGCGGCGCGAGGCGUGGUGGACGAUUCAUCCCUUCCGCGGCAUGGUCAACGACCUGCGCCGCCGCGCGCCCUACUAUGCCAGCGACUGGCUCGACGCGUGGGACUAUCGUGUCGUCCCGGCCACCGUCUACAUGUACUUUGCAAACAUCCUGCCCGCGCUCGCCUUUUCGCUCGACAUGUUCCAGAAGACGGGCUCCAACUACGGCGUCAACGAGGUGCUGCUGGCAUCGGUCCUCGGCUCUGUCGUCUUUUCCCUCUUUGCAGCCCAACCGCUCGUCAUUGUGGGCGUCACAGGCCCCAUUACCGUCUUCAACUACACCGUCUACGACAUAAUGAAGAACUCGGGCGUCGACUACAUUGGCUUCAUGGCCUGGAUCGGCAUAUGGUCACUCAUCCUCCACUGGAUCCUCGCCAUCGCCAACUCGUGCAACUGGCUGCGCUGGGUCACCCGCUUUCCCUGCGACAUCUUUGGCUUCUACGUCGCCUUUAUCUACCUGCAAAAGGGGAUCCAAGUCCUCACUCCGCUCGGCGACGCGGCCCCCUUUUAUCUCUCCCUCGUCGCCGCUCUCCUCCUCUUCAUGGUCGCCUACGUCUGCGGCCAGCUCGGCACCAGUAGCCUGUUCCGUCACCCCGUCCGCGUCUUCCUCAAGGACUACGGCACGCCACUCACCCUCGUCUUCUUUACCGGUUUUGUCCACUUUGGCCGAAUGGACAGCGUGCCCCUCGAGCGCCUGCCCACCGGCAUCGCCUUUGAGCCCACGAGUGGGAGGCCGUGGCUAGUCCGUUUCUGGGACCUCAGCGUCGGCGACAUUUUUACCGCCCUGCCCUUUGCCGUUCUGCUCACUAUUCUCUUUUGGUUUGAUCACAACGUCUCCUCGCUCAUCGCCCAAGGAAGCGAGUUUCCUCUGCGUAAACCCGCCGGUUUCCACUGGGACCUGUUCCUCCUUGGCCUCACCACCGGUGUGGCCGGCAUUCUUGGCCUACCGUUCCCCAACGGCCUCAUCCCCCAGGCCCCAUUCCAUACCGAGUCGCUCUGCGUCACCAAGGCCGUCCGCGCCGGCGACGACGACGACAAGGCCCGGGACCGCGGAGUGGCCGCCUACACCUUUGAAGCCACCCACGUGGUCGAGCAGCGCGUCUCCAACCUCGCCCAGGGUCUCCUUACCCUCGGCACCAUGACGGGUCCCCUCCUCGUCGUCCUCCACCUCAUUCCCCACGGCGUCCUCGCGGGUCUCUUCUUCAUCAUGGGGUUCCAGGCCCUCGAGGCCAACGGCAUCACCGCCAAGCUCGUCUUUCUCGCGCGCGACGUUGCCCUCACCCCGCCGUCGCACCCGCUCCGGGCCGUCAAGCGCCGUGUCGCCAUCUGGCUCUUUGUCGCCGUCGAGCUCAUUGGCUUCGGCGCCACCUUUGCCAUCACCCAGACCAUUGCCGCCGUCGGCUUCCCCGUCUUCAUCCUCGCCCUCAUCCCCGUCCGCACGCUGCUCCUCCCGCGCAUCUUUCGCCCAGAGGAGCUCGCCGCGCUCGACGCCCCUACUGCCUCUGAUUUCACAAUGGAGGGCAUCGGCGGCGCCUGGGGCGGCGGCACGGCCAGCGGCGCGGCGAGCGGCGAUGACACCGCAGUGUCGACGCGCAUGCCCUCUCCGUCGCGGCCCCUGUCGCGCACUGAGUCGCAUAUCCAGCGAGACGGCAACCGCGACAGCGUCUUUGCCGCUCCGGGUGGCCCACGAAAGAGCCAGGAGGACCUCGCCGAGAUGGGACAUAUCCAGAGCGGCCAAAGCACCGCGACGCGGCGCAGGAGCGUUGACCGUCGGGCAACCGGCAUACGCAGAGGAAGCCCCUCGCACAGCCAGGGACCAGCACCUCUCUAA